AUGGACGAAGAAGUCAAGAACAACGGCAUGCACUCCGAAAGCGACGACAAGCCAGCAACGGCCUCCGCCUCCCAGACAGAUCCUUCUGCCCAGAGCUCUGUUUGUGGUGAGCUACGGGAGCCUUCGAUCCCACCAGCUCGCUUCUGGACCUUGUGUGUUGGUGUCUUUCUGGGCCUCUUUCUAUCCAUGAUCGACACAUCUAUCGUUGCUACCAGCCUUCACAGCAUCGGUGUCGACUUUGAAGUUCUAGAAGAUGUCAACUGGGUUGCUCUGGCCUAUACACUGGCUUACCUAGGAUGUGCCAUCGUCUUUGCCCGCAUAUCUGACAUUGUUGGACGUCGUAAUGCUUUCAUUGCAGCCUACAUAACAUUCUUUGUGUUUUCUUUGGCAUGCGGAUUUGCUCGGACUCUCAAUCAGCUCAUUGCCUUUCGCGCCUUGCAGGGAGUCGGUGGCUCAGGCCUGUACGCUCUUACCAUGAUCAUGAUGCCAGAGUUGAGUCCUGACAAUCUAAAGCAACAUAUGGCGGCCAUGGUCGGUUUGGUCAUUACCGUUUCAGGGGUUCUUGGGCCUGUCCUUGGCGGUAUCCUGACACACUACGCUUCUUGGAGAUGGGUUUUUUGGAUCAAUGGACCGAUAGGAUUUAUAUCUCUUACAGUAUUCGUCCUCACCUGGCCCAAAGCUGAGUACCUACCGUCUCAACAACGACGAGCUUGGAGGGAACUCGAUUUUCUGGGAUCGUUUCUCGCCAUCGCUGCCGCAGUACUUAUUGUCUUUUCUUUUCAGAAUGCUGGGACUGAGCCGUCCAAUCAAGGCUGGAAAACCGCGAUCUUCAUUGCCCCUUUGAUAUGUGGUUUGCUUACCUGCGGACUACUGGUGUCUUGGCAAAUCUUUAUUCAACACCAAUGGCACGACCGAUUCGCGCCCGCAUUUCCAGUCAUUAUCUUUCGAAGCAGAGUCUACUCAACUGCAGUCGUCAACACCCUUUUGAACGGGUUCCCUUACUUGCUACUCAUCUAUGCAAUUCCGCUUCGCUUCCAAGUUGUUAGCGGCAAGUCAGCUCUCAUUUCUGGCGUCAUGCUGCUUCCUAUGCUUGGAGCUUCCGCUAUCGGAAGUGUAGUAGCAGGAAAGAUCAAUAACACGAAGAAUUACACUUUUGAGUCAUUGCUGAUUGGUUCUUGUUUCAUGACGCUCGGUUGCGGAUUACUUUCUUCUCUGUCGCAUGAGUCAGAGGAUGCUAAAUUACUUGGCUACAUGACGUUUUGCGGAAUCGGCUUCGGACUGACUGUCGCUUCGUCGACUAUGUUAUCAAUGGUGGAAGUACCUAUUCGGGACUACGCCCCUGCACAAGGCAUCCUAUCUCAAGUACGACUCUUGGGCGGCAGUUUAGGCAUUGCAACUUCAUCGGCUCUACUCAACGAGAAGAGCUCGCAAUAUCUUGCCAGCAUUCUAACUCCCUAUGAGCAGGCGACAAUCGGCAGUUCCGCCACUCCGCUUUCCAACGAACAGUGGUCAGCUGUUCGCUUCACCUACGCUGACGCAUUCAAGGUAGAAAUGAAGGUGGCAACUGCUGUUGCAGCUUGUUCUGUCAUCUCUGCAUUUGGUGCCUUUCGCCGAAAGCGCCUUUUGAUAGCCGAACAAAGAGCUGUAGUUGUUGCACAGGAGGCCACUCGCCGUCGUGAUCAAGCCAAAUAG